UCUUUUAAAAUUCUCUCAAUUUUCUCUGCUUGACAAUAUACAUGAUGAAAUGUUUGGAUGAAAGAGCAAAUACUAAUAUUCAAGAAGCAAAGUAGAGUGAGAUAAAUGAGCCAAAAAAUGCAUGAGAUAGAAGAUAAUCCCAUGUGGAGAGGCAGGGUUCCCAGGGAGUUUUAAAACAUCACAACUUCACUUAUUUAACAAGAUAUACUUAUUAAAGAGAAAGACAUGGGGGGAGGGAGAAAAAGAGAGAAAGAGAGAGAGAGACAGAGGAACUGAGGGAGAGAGAAAGAGAAAAAAUUCUGUGCUCUGUUCUGCAAACAUUCUGGAAGUUUCUUUUGUUUUUGUAAUUCUGUGGCUGCCUAUGCAUUUUGGAAUUGGUCACGUGAAGAAUGAUGUUGGUAUCAGAGAAGGAGCUAUCCACUUGAGAGCAAAUACAUAGAGAUACAAGACAGAAUCAGUUGAAUAGAAAUCUUGAGUACCUGAAUUUAUAAGAUGAAUUCAUUACAUUCCAUCUUAAAACACACACACAAUAUCAAUCUCCAUCUCUGCUUAAGUUUCAGUUUCUCUGAGCAGCAACUUGCCAGUUUCACUUUCCACUUCCAGAUUCCACUCUCCUAUUGUAUGGAGACAUGGGCAGAUUACAUCAUCGGUUGCUUAUAAAGCCUUGUCCUGGGUUUCAUUAGCAGAAUACCUACAGACAGACCACCAGAUCUCUGAAAAGCCCACUCGACUGAAAAAACUAUAGAACUGCAACCUCAUUCACAGCAACCAUGAGUUUCUAAUCUGCAAUUGCAAGGACACAUCUGCAGAUUACAUCGUCUGUUCCUUAUAAAUCCCUGUCCUGGGCUUCCAAUUUAUGAGCAUAUCUACAGACAGACCGCCAGAUCUCUGAGAAGCCCACCGAACUGAAAACACUGCAGAACUGCAGGCUCAUUCACAGCAACCAUGAGUGAGAACACUGAUGAGAUCCAGGACAGGCUGUGGCAGUUGAGAUGUCACUUCACGUGGGAUCUGCAAUUUGAAGACAGUGAAAUACCGAAUUUAGAAAGCAGGAUCUUGGAACAGAUUGAGUUCCUAGACACGAAAAACAAUGUGGGGAUUCACAACCUCCUGGCCUAUGUGAAGCAUGUGAAAGGCCAAGAUGAGAAAGCCCUGCAGAGCUUGAGAGAAGCUGAAGACUUGGUCCAGMGGGAGCACGCAGACCAGGUGGACCUGAGGAGCCUGGUGACCUGGGGCAACURUGCCUGGGUGUAUCACCACAUGGGCAGAUUGGCAGAAGCCCAGACUUACCUGGACAAGGUGGAGGACACUUGCAAGAAGUUCGCAAGUCCCUCCCACUACAGGCUGGAGUCUCCUGAGAUGGAGUGUGAGGAAGGAUGGGCCUUGCUGAAGUGUGGGAAAAAAAAUUAUGAGCGGGCCAAGGCCUGCUUCGAAAGGGCUCUGAGAGUGGAGCCUGAAAACCCUGAAUUCUAUUCGGGGUUUGCCAUCACUGUCUACCGCCUGAAUUACAAUAAUGUAAUUUCUCUUGGCCCCCUGAGAAAGGCUGUCCAGCUAAAUCCAGAUAAUCCAUAUGUUAAGGUUCUCCUUGCCCUGAAGCUCCAGGAUAUAGGACAGGAAACUGAGGGAGAACACUACAUUGAGGAAGCUCUAAACAAUACCUCCUCCCAGACCUAUGUCUUUCGAUAUGCGAGCAAGUUUUACCGAAGAAAGGGCUGUGUGGAUAAAGCUAUUCAGCUCUUGGCGAAGGCCUUGCAGGCAACACCCAACUCUGCCUUUCUGCAUCACCAGAUGGGGCUUUGCUACAGGGCAAAACUGUUCCAAAUAAAGCAAGCUAAAAACAUGCAGGAUAGAGAACAUGUGGACAGAAUAGUAAGAUUAGUCAUAUUUCAUUUUGAAUUUGCUCUGCAACAAAAGCCCACAUUUGCUCUUGCUCUUCUGCACUUGGCACGUAUGUAUGUUGAAGCAAAGGAUUACAGAAAAGCUGAAGACAGCUAUCAAAAAUUGUUAGUGAUGGAAACAGAUGAGGAUCAAGUACUGGUAGAUGCACAUUUCUACUAUGGCCAAUUUCAGGAAUUUCAAAAGAAAUCUGAAGUUGAUGCAAUUAGGCAUUACUUAAAAGCAAUAAAAGAAAAAGAAUCACAUUCAAGGAAUCAAAGUAUGAAGUCUUUGGAGAAAUUGGCCUUAAAGAAACUUCAGAGAAAWGCAUUUGACCUGGAAGCCCUGAGCCUUGUUGGUUUUGUCUACAAAUUGAAAGGAAAAAUAAAUGAAGCCCUGGAUUAUUAUGAGCGGGCCCUGAGCCUGGCUGCUGGUUCUGAGAAAACUGUGGGACAUGGUCCUUAGGCACUGAAUAUCAGCCACUUUCACAUUUUAUUCUCUUUUAGGUUAAUAUGUACUAUAAUCAUCUAUUCUGUUUGCUGCUUUCAGAAACAUUCUGUGUAAUUCAUUGUAAUGAUGUAAUUUUUAAACAAUUACUCAAAACCUAAUAUAACCUUAAACAGACUUAAAUUGUAUUUAGAAAAUGGUGAAACAGAAUAUUUGUGUGUGUGUGUGUGAGUGUGUGUGUGGUGUGUGUGUAUGUGUGUGUAUGUGUG